AUGGAGUUUGAAAAGGUCGAAUUAUACGGAGGUGCCAUUACCGCGAGCAUACCUGCGGGGCUGCUGGAUGCCUCGACUUUGAGACAAAUACCGGACACCCAGGAGGUGUUUCUCAACCCCAGCACGAACACCACAGAUUACCACAAGCUUCACAAAGACGACACCAUCAUCUUUGACUUGAUGGAGCGGGUUGACGUCGGAACUGGUAACGAUUCAAACUGCGUGGAACUUCAUUUGGCCGAAAUUGCCAAUUUGAACGGAGCAGACCAGAAUGAAUGGACCACUAUUGAGAGCACUUUUGUUGAUUUGCCGAAAUUCCAAAGUGACAAUGCUUAUUUGGCGGUCGCAUUGGAACCGGCUAGAAAAUGGGGUAGAGGGGAGGAUCUCAAUCCGACUCUGGUGGUGGUCCUGGGGAUCGUGAGGAUUUUAAAGACAAGCACAGAUUUGCUGGUGACCAUUAAUGUUCCAAUUUCAUCGAAAGAUGAGCUACGAGAUCUUUUUGCUCUCAUAGAAAACAACGUGCAGUCCGGUAAUCUAGCCCAGAAGAGAAUUGACACGGCCAAAGGUGUGGUUUCGAAAACCCUGGAGACAUUGAAUGUUGAAGACUGGAGUCUGUUUGGAUAG